AUGACCCCAGUAGAUAUCAUCCACGCCUUCCCCCUAACCGAACAACCCGGCUACCAAGUCAUCCUCUCCUGCCUCGACAUCCUCCGCCCCCACCUCCCAUACUCGCUCCCCCUCUACCGCCGUCUCCAACUCGGCCGCUUCUUCGAAUCCUCCGUCAUCCUCUCCAAUCUCCGGAAAGAAGACAUACGCCUGAACGUCUUGCCACCGGGUCAAGGCGAGAGACCCGGAGUCGACGUGAAAGGCAACGAAGGCUGGCGAAGCCAGAGUGGGAGAGACGAUGCUUUGCUUAAGCAUUGGGUCAUUGCGUUCGUAGAUCGAAGUUCCCGGCCUGAAACCGAAGCGUGGAUGUUUGGGACGUGGGAGGCGGGGAGUGUCACGAACCAGAGUGGCGAAGAGGAAGAGAAGAUCAAAGCACUAGUCGAAGGCGUCGUGCGUGCUACUGCACGCCUUCCCCUACCACCUAGUAUCCAUCAACAGGGACCCACCACCGCUUUCAAACAAGAUAGCCACGGUAGAGACGACAAAGACUCCAUAGGCUUCACCCGCACGGACUACGCCUCCCACACCACCAACAAGAACAUAACCCUCUGGGGCGCCAUCCACACCCAAACCGCCCACCUCCUCCAAACCCUCGGCGUCGUGCCCCCGGAAUUCAAGGCCGGUGCAGUAGCAAACCACACCUUCAUCUUCGACGUCGCCAGCAUGCCCACUCCCCCAGACCUCCCAAAGGAUCUCUACUGGGGUACUCUCUCACCCACCCACUUUCCCCUCGUGCGCUCCCGGACUCCGAUCCCACGACAGGAGAAGACGAUGGCCGUGCUGCCGAACCUGGCAAUCUUCCCCAUCCAACCCAGCAGCCCCAGCAAAGCGUCGCCCGAGCACGACCCAGUACCAAGACCAAUAGCCUGGGCCUUCAUAGGCCUAGACGGCAGCCUAACAACCCUACACGUCGAACCCUCGUACCGAAACCGCGGUCUCGCCAAAGCACUGACGACGAAACUUUUCCGGGAAAACAUGUCCGGGUUCUGGGAAGGAGGGGCGGAGGAGACGAAAUGGGCGCUUGGGUAUGUGGCCGUGGGGAACGAGGCGAGUAGUGGGAUGUGUAGGAGUUUGGGCGGGAGGAGCGAGUGGGAAUGCUAUUGGGUGAGGGUGGAUUUGGGGGCAUUGGCUUUGUGA